CUGACGGAUCCCCGGCGGAGAGGGCAGCGAGAGCGCGCAUCACCGUCCUCCGCUCGUGAAGACACUGCAGGGGAGCCAGAUGCCCGACUGCGAGACGCUGCCUGUGGAUCCUCAUCCCGAAUGCCAGAGCAGGCGACACAUCUCAUCCCACCGCGCAGAGGAGGAGGAGGAAGAAGAGGAAGAAAUGGAGGAUGGGAUGCCUCACGGAGAACAUUAGUGGGGCGCAGCAGCAAAACGUGAAUGAAUAAUAGUCCCCUUCUCCGUCUGAGACGUGCCAUGGAUGGGAAACUUAACUUAUGUCCACGGAACCGAUCGGGGAAUAGCCUCCUCCUCAAAUAACUGCUGCUGACAGCGACCAGGACGAAUGUCAUAGGAUGAACACUGCUGGUGGGGUGUGUCUGUCUGUGCUGUCCUCCCUCCUGGCCGUGGCUGGGGCCCUGGCUGCUCUGUCUGCCCUCGCUCUAGCUCCUCUCUCUACCCUAGCUGAGGUUGCCUAUGGGGCUGCCGAAAGCAUCCCCAGCACAGGGGCAGAAGGGGGCCCCUCACCCAUCUCCUCACCAUGCUCCAGCCUUGUAGCAGGGGUGCUCUAUGGUUCUUUCUCCCUACGGGAGCUUUUUCCCUUCAGGACACCUGGUUGUUCGUGGUCCUUGGAAAAUCCAGAUCCUACAAAGUACUCCCUCUACCUCCGCUUCACCCGAAACCCUAUCAUCUGCCAAAUGCACCACCCCAUGCUCCUGUCUCUUGACCACCACCUAGUCAAUCAAAGCUGCCCUCUCCAUCUACAAACGGCAACGGCCAGGGAUCAGGAGAUCAUUGAUCUCUGCGGCAGCCCCUUGAACUCAGACAGACCCUACUCCUUCCUGCAGUUUGAUAAAAACUUUGUUCAGUUAUGUCUGACGAGACACCCUGCUGCAGAUGAGCCUCAGGUAACAAAGGAAUUGGUGGAGCAGAGGCUGGUGGAGGUAUUGCUCAUUAACAACGAGAACUCCAGUCAGUUCACCUGCGGCGUGCUCUGUCGUUGGUUUGAGGAGUGUCUGCGGACGGACCCCAAUGGGAACCAGGAGACCUCUGAUGGGGAUGUUUGUGGGAUGACGCAAACGGGCUGCAUUUGUCCUAAUCACAACAUCAUGGCGCCGCCGAUUCCUCUACUUCCGGAGACACCGCACAGUUUCAGCAACGGUUCCCUCGUCCCUGAUGACUGCUGUGUAACCGAACUUCAUUCCAACGAUGCAAUCGCCAUAGCACCGAGAGACGUCAGGCAAGAUCCAUACGAUGACGACCUGAAGGUGAAGACCCAAAGGCCACGAUCAGCUGACCUGCCAGGUGUGUUUCAGGCACAAACAGGUGAUCCAGCGGCAGAGGAGUGGUCGCCGUGGAGUGUGUGUUCUCUGACUUGUGGGCAAGGCUGGCAAGUGAGGACGCGGUCCUGUGUCUCCUCUCCUUAUGGCACGCUUUGCAGUGGUGCUCUGCGGGAAACGCGCAUGUGCAACAACACAGUUUCCUGUCCUGGUGAACCUGGAAUCAUAAGUACAGUGCAUGGGCAAUGGGAGGAGUGGUCGUCAUGGAGUCUGUGCUCUGUUACCUGUGGGCGGGGCUCCAGAACACGCACCAGGAAAUGCAUGGAUGGAGGUGGGGUGAAGCCUUGCGGCCAGCCCGACAUUCAGACCAAACCCUGCAACAUAGCCGUUUGUCCUGUGGAGGGCCAGUGGUUGGAGUGGGGCGCGUGGUCAAAAUGCAGCGUGACCUGCAACACGGGGACCCAGAUGAGGCAAAGGCGCUGCAGUCCCUCGGUGCAUGGCUGGGCUGAGUGUAAGGGGCUUCAUCAGGAGAGCAGGGAAUGCGCCAACCCUUCAUGCAGUGGUGGAGGUAACUGGGGCAGCUGGAACCACUGGAGUCUGUGCAGCAAGACGUGCGACUCUGGGUGGCAGCGGCGCUACAGGAUGUGCGAGGGCAGUGGAGAACAAGGCUAUCCCUGUGAAGGUUCAGGAGAGGAGGUCCGGUCCUGCAACGAGAAGAAGUGCCCCGCGCCUCAUGAGAUAUGCAAAGACGAGCACCUCCUUUCGAUGUCAUGGAAGAGAGCCUCAGCCGGAGAAACUGUCUACAACAAGUGUCCAACAAAUGUUAUCGGAUCUGCUAGUCGUCGAUGUAUGCUGGACAAUAACGGAGUUGCUUUCUGGGGUCCUCCGAGCUUCGCCAGAUGCGUCUCCCUUGAGUAUAGACAAUUGCAUUUAGCUUUGCUAGAGCAUCUUGCGAAGGGUCAGAGGACCCUGGCCGGGGAGGGGAUGUCUCAGAUCGUACGGAGUCUCCUGGAACUUUUGCAGAGGAGGAGCUACUACAGUGGCGACCUUCUCUUCUCCACGGAGAUCCUGCGAAAUGUGACGGACACCUUCAAAAGAGCAACCUACAUCCCAGCUUCCGACGACGUGCAGAAAUUCUUCCAGAUUGUCAGCCACAUGUUGGACUUGGAAAAUCUGGAGAAGUGGGAGGACGCACAUCAGGUCGCGCCCGGUGCUGCUUUGCUGAUGAGAAUAUUAGAAGAUUUUAUUCAUUUCAUUGGAGAAGCACAGAAGCCUUUUCAGAGUUUCCUGACAGUCACUAACAAUCUCAUGAUAACCAUACAAAGAGAGCCAGUGUCGGCAGUUUCAAGUGACAUCAACUUUCCCAUGAAGGGACGGAGAGGGAUGAAGGACUGGGCCAGAACAGCGGAGGAUAAGCUCUACAUCCCUAAAGAAGUCUUUACCAUUCCUGCUGAGGAGCCUGGGACCGAAUCAGAAACCACAAUGUAUUAUGUCAUUGGAGCCAUUUUGUACAGAACCCUUGGCAUCAUCUUACCUGGACCAAACCCUCCCGCGGUGAUCAACUCCAAGAUCCUGACGGUGACGGUGCGACCUGAACCUCAGCCGAGUGAGCCCAUGGUUGUGGUGGAGCUGUCACCGCUUUUAAAUGGUACAUCAGAUCCUCAGUGCGUUGUCUGGAACUAUGGCAACACGGAAGCUGGCACAGAAAACUGGGGCACAGAAGGCUGCCAAACGCUAGCAUCAAACACUGUCCACACCAAAUGCCUCUGCAGCAGGAUAUCCACCUACGCCGUGUUAGCGCAGCAAGCUAAAGACCCGGACAUGGGUCCUACCAGCAUGCCCUCAGUGCCCCUUAUGGUGGGCUGUGGAGUGUCCUGCACUGCUCUCCUCAUCCUGCUGCUCAUCUAUGCUGCCUUUUGGAGGUACAUCCGGUCAGAGAGAUCGAUCAUCUUGGUCAACUUCUGCUUCUCCAUCCUGGCCUCCAAUUUACUGAUUCUGCUUGGACAAUCUCAAACACUCAACAAGGGGCUGUGUACUGUGACUGCUGCUUUCCUGCAUUUCUUCUUCUUGGCGUCCUUCUGCUGGGUGCUGACUGAGGCAUGGCAGUCCUACCUGGCUGUCAUUGGCAAGACAAGGUCACGCAUCAUUCGCAAGCGUUUUCUGUGCCUCGGCUGGGGUCUUCCAGCCCUUGUUGUUGCAGUGUCGGUGGGUUUCACCAGAGCAAGAGGUUAUGGCACCGCCAGCUAUUGCUGGUUGUCUUUGGAGGGCGGCCUGCUUUAUGCCUUCGUUGGUCCUGCUGCUGUCAUUGUACUGGUAAACAUGCUCAUUGGGAUUGUGGUGUUCAACAAGCUCAUGUCUCGAGACGGCAUCUCAGACAAGUCUAAAAAGCAGCGAGCAGGUGUCCCGGCGGAGGCGGGGAGCCGACUGCUCCUGAAAUGCUCCAAGUGUGGCGUGAUCUCAAGUACCGCUAUGUCCAGCUCGACGGCCAGCAGCGCCAUGGCGUCCCUGUGGAGCUCCUGUGUGGUUCUUCCUCUGUUAGCAUUGACCUGGAUGUCAGCCGUGCUGGCCAUAACUGAUCGGCGCUCCACACUCUUCCAGGUCCUCUUCGCCGUUUUUGACUCUGUCCAAGGCUUUGUCAUCAUCACUGUCCAUUGUGCUAUGCGCCGAGAGGUGCAAGACGCUGUGCGUUGUCGAAUGGGGGGAUGUAAAGAUGACAGCGAAAACUCCCCUGACUCCUGCAAGAACGGACAGGUGCAGAUCAUGAAGGGCUCUUGUGGACAACAGCACAGCUCUCGUCAGAGCACACCCCUGUGUUUGUCUGGCUGUCACCCGCAGCUGCCGACACCGACGUGCCACCACACAAGCCAGCAAGCCUGUUACCAUGAUCUGCCUAACAGCAGCCGCAACUGUGUGCUGAACCACGGCCACACACAUGAGCACACCCCAUUGCUCAACAAUACCCACAACCACACCCCCAAUCACAUCAACAGUCGAUCAACGGAUUUCGAGAAGGACGUGGACUUGGCUUGUCAGACAGAGCGAGGACACCCAUUCAUUUUCAAAGAGGUCAACACCUGUAACCCAGCCACCAUCACUGGAACCCUGUCACGAAUCUCCCUGGAUGAUGAGGAUGAUCCAAAGCUCGCAGCACAUCAGGAAGGGGGAGUAGGGGUCAAUUUCAGUUCUCUUCCUGGAAACAUCCCGCCUCCGAACCUCAUUGUACAGGUUCCAACAUUAGGACUUAAUGAGCUCAGUGAGACACCUCUUAAGAAGGAGGUAAACUUGGACCAGCAGAGACAGCAGGGGCAGCCACGCACCACCGCUCCAAUCUACUUGUGCACCGAGAGCGGCCUGGGUUGGGCCCGGCCGCCCGCGUCCUCCAACAAUUCCCAGGACGGAAGCGCAGGGAGUGGAGGAAGCGGCGGGGGUGGAAGUGGCGGAGGAGGGGAAGGAGACUACAUGGUCUUGCCUCGUAGGACGGUCAGUCUCAAACCUCCCGCGCCCUCUUCGCAGGGAGGAGGCCUGGGACUUGGCGGCGAGGACAAGCCCCUCAAUAUCGCGGUGGAGGAUCCUCCCUUCCCCCCUCCUCCCUCUCCGCUGACCCUCCACCCAGCGGAGAGUGAGGCCUAUCCAGCAGAUUUUGUGCCGUCCAACGUCGGUGACAUGAAUAUCACCAUGAACCUAAACCGCUCCUACGGGACUAUCAAAACCGUGCCCCAUGGGCAUGGCCACUUGAUGGGCCAAGGUGGGCAUGUGCACUCCCACGGAGGACACAUGCACUCCCACGCGCAUUCACUCCACCUAAAGCCAGGCCAGAGGCCAUCAGUCAGACAGAUUCUGACAGGGGGAACCACAGUGGAGAGAACCCGCACCCUCCCACGCAACCUAGGCAGCACCAAUGCCAACACCAGCCUCUCAGCGGGAUCCCUGGAGAGGAAGAGAGUACGGUACUCUGAGCUGGACUUUGAGAAAGUGAUGCACACUCGCAAAAGACAUUCUGAGCUGUACCAUGAGCUCAACCACUCGUCCAAGUUCCACACCAUAGACAGGUAUAACAGGGACCCAGCCAUGUCCACAUUCAAGGACAAGUCCAACCCCGAGGACCAAAGCUCCUGGGACAGCUUCAAGACCAUGACCCCCGAGCUGUCUAUCGUGCCUGGGGAGCAGAAAGACCGUCUGGAAUUGCACAAUAAGAACUGGGACUCGUCCUCAGCGAACACACCGGACUCGUCCGAGGGAGACUUCCAGACUGAAGUCUGAAGAAGACAUGCGAGACAUCCAUGCUCACCUUAAUCACAGACCUGAGAUAAUGUUGAGAUACAGACACGCACACGCAUACACACACGCAGACACAGGACUCCCGAAAAGAUUUACAUAGGUACGAUCUCCUGCAAAGGAUCUCAGAUAUUCUGCUCCCUGCCUCAUGCAAUGUGCUUUGUUGGAUCCCAUACUGUAUUUGUUUACAGCUGAAGAGGACGUACAUUCAAAAGGAAGACUGUUCUUCGCUCUAUUUUCGCAAAGACUAUCGGUGGGGGUGGGGGUGGGGGGGACAGAACAGGGGCUGGAAAGAUCUGUGACUAAAGACGAUUUUUAAAAGAACUCAAAAAGGAUGAAAAACAUAAUUUCUGAGAAAAAAAAAAGGUCUUGAUUUUAUUCUGAAGAUAAAAGAAAAUGUCUUACAAGUGUUUGAUGACUUAGGGAGGGUGGUUUGGGGUGGGAGAGAAAAAUAAGAAUAUUUCUGCACUCUUAUUCUUUUUUUUUAUAUAUAUAUAUAUUGCAAGGGGGGAUAUUUCACCUUAGUCCCUCCCCCCAAGGCAAUUUACGUUUAUUAUUUUUUUCUUAUUCUUUCAAAUGGAAGAUGAAAGUAUUCAGUCACUCUGUCUAUCCUAUGUGUUUGCUUUCUUUUUGUCACAGCAAGAGUGGAUAGGGAAUGAGGGGGCAGAGAUGGAGCUGCUCACUGAUUAUGUGCCAUUCUCUUUACAUGUCUUCAGGUUCUGGUUCUUCUAGUCUCACUUUUUUUUUUUCUCCCGUCACAUCCUCUCCCUUAACGUUCCGAUCUUUAAUUUUGCGUCUUUUCUAUUGUUCACUGAAAUAAUACGUCAUUCCCCUUAGUCCGGGCACGAAAAAAAAAAACCCCAACUGAAACAAAUGACAACCAGUUGAUUUUUAGUUUCAUGUUUUAUUAAUUUAUGCUUCAUCUGCUCAAGCUGCUUAGUGUGUUUCUUUUUUUCUUUUUUUUUUGGUUUCCAUGUAUGAAGUGAUUCAAAAGUCACAUAAAACUUUAAAUGCCUUCUUACGACAGAGCACAUGAAUAUGAGGCUACAUUUCAAGAGUGUCUGGAAGACAAAAAAAAAAAAAGGACACAGUGGUCUUAAAGAUUGUAGCAUCUUCUUUGUUCCUUCCAAAGUUUAAAAGUUGCAUGGUUUGAUGGGUUGUGAGUGGCUCUUGGUCAGUUGCCCCUUUGCCAUUUUAUCUACCUUCCGUACCAAUGCAUUUCUGUUUUAUCCCUUUCUAUUUCCAUAUGAGCAAACCAUUCCUUACCAAUGUAUUCUGCCAUGGCAUUUCUUUUAUUUUUUAUAGUGAAGUAUUUUCAUGAAUUAUGUAAAUGAAUGUUUAUUCAAUCAACAAAAAAAACAUCCUUUAUAAUUUUAUCUAACUAUAUAUUGUCCUGAAAAUUAUUACACUGUAUUUCCAUAAAAAAAACAAAAAAAACAAUCCAUAAUUAAUGUUGUUCUGACCUUUGUUAUGUUUCGGACAGUUGAUUCCUAAAAUGACUAUUUUAAAGUUUAAGCUAAAUUAACUCUAAAGUGAGCUGGUAGUCAUUAGUUACCGGAGUCACUGCACCACGUUUCCGUAUGGUGGCCACUUCAUAGAUUACAGACACUAACGAGAAAUCGUUGGUUGUUGUAGCAGAGACAACACAUCUGAAUGGACGCAUGGUCGUCGUAACACCUGUCGCGGUACAAGGUAAAAUUUUCUACCUGGAAAAACUCAGGUUAACUGCAGAAUGGCAAAGGGUCAAAUUGACCAGCAACUGUCAUGAGUCACUCUGAUGCCAGAUUACAAAUUUGCCAUGGGUGAGACUUUAGCUAACGUGGGUGCCGUUUAGUUAGAAUGCCUCUUCUUACAAAGUUACAAACACAUAUUUGCAUCCCUAUAGAUUUUUCUCCUUUUAUUAGCUUUUUUAUGUCACACUUAAACGUUUCAGAUUCAUGCAACACAUUUUAAAAAUCAAAGAUUCUGACAUUUGAUAAAAUGCUGUUCUCAAAGUGUCCAGUCCAAAUGGGACCCAUGAUAGCUAAAGUCCGGUAUUUGGUCUUUUUUUUUUAAAUUAUUGCUAUUUUUUCUUUCCAAGAUACUAAAGAAAAUUUUGAUAGCUUCGUCAGUUGAAAGUGAGUGAGACAAUUGGGAAAACAAAAACAAGGACAAAACGGUAAAAAAGAUUGUAGCAUCCUCUUUGUUCCGUCUCCCGGUUUGAAGGUUGCCUGGUUGGAUCCAUCAUGAGUCACUGCGACACCAGAAACAAGAACAAAAAGAUGGCUGAUGGGGUCCAUGUUGACUAAACACACAUUAGCAGCCAAUAUUCUGUUUCCAAGUUUUAGUAAUAAUUUGAUAAACAAGAAAUUGCCUUUUGCUGAAGAGCCUAAAAAACCCCUCGCUUUUGCUUUAGCGUGCUAUCUCUACCUCUUUCAUAUUGCCUGCUCCGAACUCAGAAACAUGAAAUCUUAAUGCUAGAAGCAGCAAGGCCAAAUGUAUAAUUCCUCGUUUCCAUGGAUCCCAAACUGUGUGUUUAUAUCUCUGGGCGAGCACAGCCACUGCAAAAAAAAAAAAAAAAAAGAGAGCACAAAAUGGACAUUUCAGAACGAAGGGGAGCUAAAAAAUUACGGUUCCUUUAAACACCCUCGCUGCAGUUGUUACAACAGGCGACAGCAGUUUCCCCGUUAUUGCUACAUUAGUUCGUGAGAGAAAGUGUCCGAGUCGGGGGUGAUGAUUCCUCUGUCGACGUUCACAGCGGCAGUUGUUGUUGUAAAAGUUUGGAGGAAGAACUGAUUUGUAAUUUAUGAAAAAGCUUGAAGAAAGUGCAAGGGCGGUGCAGAUUCCAAGAUGGAUUUCAAAAAUAACACUGUUAAAAAGAGGCUCGAAACAGGCAGAGAUGAAGACGAAGGGGAGUGCUCAAAACAGUAAUUAUCUGGGGAAGACGAUUUGUCCUGACAUUUUCCAAUGCAGCCCUCGAACCAUCUGUUUAAGGUUCCCUAAUGUGGCGGUACAGCAGCGUGGCGCAGAUGGCGAGACAAGAGUGGCGCCCUUCUAACCUUUCAAGCUAAUCAGCUGAUAGGCAAACCUACAGCUCCACCUCUCUCAGAGGAGGAAGGCAGGUUUGAUCCCAGGUUGCCAAGGUAAGGUCACUUUCACCUGACCUCCUGCAAGGCUCAGGAACCAGAUCCACCGAACAAAGCGUCCGUCUGGCAGCUUCGUGGCCUCACCCUGUAGCUGUUACUCCACGGCGUUUCUCCAUUUUUCUUCCAUCUCUCAAACUGAUCUAAUUAAAAAAGAAAAGGGGGGAAGGAUAUAAAGUCUUGUUCCCAUGGUAAUGCAAUUUACAGGAAGGAAGACGCAAUCAGGUUUGCUUUCAACAGUGUAAAUGAUUUCCUUUCCAUCAGUCAUAUCUUUCAUCUUGUAGUAUAUGGGGAACUCUAGGCUCAAUGAUGGCUGGUAUUAAGAUUUUAUGGUUCAGAAGAGUAAAACGAGAUAUUGCUUGACCAAUUGAAAAGUCUGUCAUGCAUUCUUCUAUUAAUCUUUUUUGUUUGUUUUUUUUUUAUAUAAUAAAAUGUGCUGUAAUGUUUAUUAUAACACUAGGUGGACACUGUAUGUUAACUUUUAAAGUCACUUUUCCUUUUCUCUAGAAAGCUUUUUUUCCAACUCGACUGUUUUUGGAGAACGAGACGGACAAGAAGGCAGAUUUUCAAACUGGAAUCCAAGUAGAGUUGAUUCAAAAAUCUUCACAGCUCACCUUUCUACCUGUCAUACCUGCAAGCCUUUGAAGCUUCUCCAAACAUCCGACAUUCCAGCUGAUUUUAUUACUGACAAACCCUCACUUUCUCCUUCAUUUUUGUUCUUUUUAUACAUAAGAUUGUACAAAGUAGUCCUCUAAUGUUUUCAUAGUGUCUUUUUUUAUAUGAAAAUAAAUUUUCAAACUGA